GCUUCACAAAGCCACAGGCCACAGCGCCUCGCUGCCUCUCCCUCUCCGUUUCUUCCCCUACUUCCCUCCGCAUGGCGGCCCGCGAGGCCUCCGCCCCGGCCCCGUCGACGCCCCACGCUGGAGACGGGGUGAGCCGCCCGCCGCGGCCUACGCUCGCCCUGCCCCCGCGCUCCGUCAUCGAGUCCCUCUUCGCCGCCGGCGCCGCCGAGACAAGCCCCGGCCCGCUCACCCUCGCCGCCGCGCUCUUCCCCGACGCGCCCUCCCCGGCCUUCCACGGCUCCUUCACCCAGCUCCUCGUCGGCGCCAUAGGCUCCCCGGCCGUACCCUCGUCGCCCUCCCCGUUCGCUGUCCCGCCGAGGCUCAGCCCUGCCACGCUCUUGGGCUCCCCCGGCUUCUUCUCUCCCACGGCAAGUUUUGAGAUGUCCCAUCAACAAGCCUUAGCACAAGUAACAGCACAAGCAGUCCAUUCUCAGUACAAUAUGAUCAAUCAUGCAGAUUACACUAUCUCUUUUUCGUCGACGACAACACCAGCUUUGGUCACAGCACAGCAUGCCAAUUUUUCUGGCAAUUUGACAUCAGCACAGGAGAAACCAGCUCUGCCGUCACAUACAGGCAAUAGCAACAUUGAAUCAAAUGAGGUUUCACAAGGACUCAAAACUUCUGCACCCACUUUUGAUAAACCUGCUGACGAUGGAUACAACUGGCGGAAGUAUGGCCAGAAGGCAGUUAAGGGUGGCGAGUAUCCAAGGAGUUACUACAAAUGUACCCACACGAGUUGUGCAGUUAAGAAAAAAGUGGAGCGCUCAGCAGAAGGACACAUCACCCAAAUAAUUUAUAGAGGUCAGCACAACCACCAGCGCCCACCAAAAAGGAGGUCCAAAGAUGGUGGUGGUCAACUAAAUGAAGCAGAUGAUUUCCAUGAGAAUGAAGACACUUCUACUAGAUCAGAACCUGGCUCUCAAGAUCACUCUGGAAAACAUGAGGGGUCAAAUGAUGGCAUACCAGGGCCUUCAGUGUCAAGAAGGGGAGAGGUAUAUGAGCAAUUGUCAGGCUCAAGUGAUAGUGAGGAGGAACGAGAUGAUGAACAAAGGGCUGGCAAUGGAUGUCCUGGCUAUACAAAUGCAAACAGAAGACAUGUGCCAACUCCAGCUCAAAGGAUAAUUGUGCAAACAAAUAGUGAGGUUGAUCUUCUGGAUGAUGGUUAUCGAUGGCGCAAGUAUGGACAGAAAGUGGUAAAGGGGAAUCCCCACCCGAGGAGUUACUACAAAUGCACGUAUCAAGGGUGCGAUGUGAAGAAGCAUAUUGAAAGAUCAUCCCAAGACCCAAAUGCCAUCAUAACAACGUACGAAGGGAAGCACAGCCAUGAUGUUCCAGCAGCCAGGAACAGUAGCCAUGCCGCUGCCAAUGCCAAUGGGUCAUGUUCCACCAGCGUAGCACACAGGGUCCAGAGUUCAGCAUCCAGUAGUCGCAGAAUGGCAGACUUACAAAACACAUCCUCAGCUUCUUCUAUGCACCUAAAAGAGGAAGAUGAAAUAACGUAAAAUUUUAGAGUGCGUAGCAGGGUAAAUCAUUUCUGUUCUCUCACUCAUUUCCAGUAGCAGUGAGCAAGCAGUCAUUGGUUGUAGCAAGGGCGAGCUCUUCUGUUUGUGCCCUUCCAAAAGCCAGCGCACCCUGCUGGCUGCGUGGCGUAUAUUAUGUUGUCAUUAAGGCCAUUGGUUGUAAAUGCCAACAGUCGUUCCCCUGGAGAACUAUAGUAGAUGACAACUUUCACCUGCCCAAGUGUAUAUACUCGAUUAAAAACCUGUAAAUGAGACAUGGUUUGUAGAUACACGGCUUCCUUCCUGUUCUUCGUAAAUGUUAUUUCUACAGGAUAUAUAAAGGUACAGUUGCUGAUGAUAA